AUGGCAAAUAAAUUAUAUAAGAUGUCAUGGGAGAAACAAAUGGAAGAUUUAUUCAAUGCAUUCAAGCCAACACGAGAACCUUCAUUACCUGUUACAGAAAUGAUGGAAAAGCCCUGGCAGUUUAAAUUUUGGGAUAUUAGCAAUAAAUUUCUCAAUGUGGUGAACAACGUGUUGAUAGCAACUCCACAAAAUUCAAAUUCACCAGGGAGUUCUUUUGAUGUAAUUUCUAAUAUCUCAUUAGAUUCAAAAAGGAAUCCAAUCUUUAUAGGUGCUGAUAAUUGUGUUGUGUCCUGUAUAAAGUCUGGUGAUGGACAGCUUCAAAUACAGCUCAUGGAGGAAAAUAUUAUGAAAUUGUAUAGAACACCAGAAAAGUUCAAGAAUCUCACUUUCUACAGUAAAAGUGAUGGCAGGCCAAAGAUUUGCACUUUUGAAUCUGCAGAGUUUCCAGGUUGGUUCAUAAGCACUUCAUCUGAGCCAAAUAAGCCUACUGGUUUAAGUCAAAAAGGAGAACCUGAAAACGUCUUGUUUUAUUUUACAAAGAUAUUUUAA